ACACCACUAGUCUACUCUCAUUGUCAUCCAUGUAAGGCCGCCAUUAGUUCUUCAACUACAAUAAACCAAACUCUCUCUCUCUCUCUCUCUUAUAUAUACACACACAGACAUGUCAAAACACAAUAACAAUUUACAACACUUGUUAACAUAAGCAUCUAAGACAUGGGAGAUCAUGGCAAGGUCAACCUUCCUCCUGGUUUUCAAUUCUGUCCAACUGAUGAAGAACUAGUUCUUCACUUUCUCCAACCCAAGGCCUCGCGCUUGUCGUGUCACCCGGACUUCAUUCCUGUUCUUGAUUCUUAUCCUCUUGAUCCAUGGGAACUUGAUGGGAAGGUAUUAUCAAGUGGAAACCAAUGGUAUUUCUUUGGCCAAAUGAUGCAAAAUGAAGCAACAACAAAUGGGUUUUGGAAGGAAGUAGACAUUGAGGAACCUAUACUCAGCAGUAGUACGAGUAGGAGAGUUGGUAUGAAGAGAUAUCUUGUGUUUUACAUAAAUGAUGAAGCUCAAGGAGGCGUAGCAACCAAUUGGGUUAUGCAGGAAUAUCGACUUUGCAACCAUGGAGCAAGUAAUUCACUUUACAGUAAAACAAAAUUUCGAAAAUCAGAAGGUAAUAACUUGGUUCUAUGCCGAGUUUAUGAGAGGAAGAACGAUUCACAGAGCUUCUGCUACAACGAAGACAACGAUGAUGGAAGUGAACUUUCAUUUUUGGAUGAAAUGUUCUUGUCUCUGGAUGAUGAUCUUGAUGAUACAACUUUGUCAAAUUAAUUAGAUUUUAUGUUUUUUCUUAGUUUGCUUGUUUCUAUGAUUUGCUAGGCUCAAUAUGCAUGUAUUAAUUAACAGAUACAUUAAAACGUUGUUUUCUCUAACUAAUUCUAUCAGUUUUGAAUAAUUUCGGUGUGCUA